AGUAGAUUGAUGGUCUCAAAGAUUAACGAAAUAGUUCUUGCUCCUUUUAAUCCUGGGGGUCAUUGGGCACUGCUGGCCAUAAAUGCAUAUGAUGAUAUAGUAUUUUACCUCGACUCACUAAGGACAACAUCGAAGUCAACUAUAAGAUACGUCACCGACACAGCAAUAGCGAUGUUUCAGUCACAAAAGAACAUUAAAAAAAGUAGAAAACAAACUUUAUGGCUAACAGUAAAGUGUCCACUGCAAGUCGAAAGUAUUGAGUGUGGAUACUAUGUGAUGAGGUAUAUGAGAGAAAUUGUGACUAGGGGAAGCAUUGUCAUAUCCGAUGCGGCAGAACUACACGAGGUGCGAGUUGAGUUAGCUGACUUUUUGGGUUCUUACAUAUGA